AAAUAAAAUUAAAAAUAAAUUUAAAUGACUAGUAAUUCCAAGUAGACCAUGUUAGGCCUGAAGAUGUGUUGUGUAUAGGGAUCCAUUGAGCAGUAAGUUAAAUGGAUUAAAGCCCUAGGCCUCCAAUGCAGGAUUGAUUUUAGUGAGACACACAAGAAGGAAACAAAGUAGGAAGGAAAAUUUAAUUUCUUGUGUAUAAUUAGGUGGCAGUGGGAAUUCAGAGACGGGGUAACUUUAAGACAUUUCAAAUGUAGGUUGGGCAAGACAGGCAUAGAUGAAAAGAGAAGCAAAAAAAGGAAUAGAAACACUUGGUUUGAAGGUAGGAGACAGAAGCUUGACUUUAGAUGCGUUGAGUUUUACUAGCCUGUGGCACAUCCUGUGAGAAGGGUCCAGCAAGAAAUUUAAAUUCUGGCACUAGUGCCUGAGAAUGAUUGAAUCAAGAGAGGCAGAUUUAUAUUGUUUCAAGGCAAAAAUAGAGCGGAAACUUAGGGAAUGGAAUCCUGUUUUUUCACGGAGGAGAGAAUUUGAACAAGGAAGUGAUGGUCAGCAGUUCCAUAAUCGGGUGAUGUUGGGAAGACCUGUGUAGGUCAUUGAGAGCCAGUGGGGUGGGACACAUUGCAGAUGGAGAAAUGGAUCAAAGUCCACGAGAGAAUGAGAACAAAAACCCAGGUAGAGAUAGAUAGAAAACUUUUGAGGCUUAUGGAAAGAAGGAAAGAAUGGGUGAAAUACAAAGAACACAUUGCUGGAGAUAAAUAACACUUAACUUCAAUAAGUAAAGGGAAGAAAAGUAAGAUUUGACAGUUUAGCCUUUUGGGGGAAUGGAUGCUUUGUGGGUAAAGAUGACUUUGAUACUUUUUACCUCAUUGGCUUUCCAUGUACCAUGCAUUGAGAGAAACUUUGUUCUCUGAAGAAUAUUGAUGUACAUUUCAUUGACUUUCUAGGAAGACUGGCACUGUGAAAUUUUUUUUGCCUUUGUUUUUGGUUUUUCUUGGGGGAGGGUGUUUUGUAUUAUUCUAUUCUACUCUGUAACUUCGUUUCUCCCCCCAAAUCUGUUCUAGAACCAAAAUGAAACGUGUCAGACAAAUGACACAUUUGGUGUCAUUUGGUGCACACUACUACGUACACUUCUAUUUAUUUGUUUAUUUCUGUGUAUCAGUAACUUCACCAUCAUUCAUAAGCCCAGUCAGUUUUCUCACCAGUUCAUCCUUUCUAGCCAGUCAGCCCAGUAGUCCUUACGCCGUCAUCUCUUCCCUUCUUUAUCGUCCCCGCGUUACACGUUUGACCUACAACCCUUAGCUGAUGAAUCUAGGCUGCUUUUUACCUUUCUCUGCUUUUCUCGUCUCCACUCCUGUUUUCUUCACUCUCAGCAGUUGACUGUAUCUCGUACUUUCAAAUUACAAUCUAAAACGUUUUCUAUUUAUUUAGAAGAAAAAAAGAACUUUCUUCAUAGGACUCUUAUUCCAGGAGAAGUUUUUAACCAAACACAAGGCCUUGUGGCAAAAUAGGUGUUAAGGUACUUAGAUUAUGGGCCGAGGCAAAGCGAUGGUGCUGUCCCAUCAGCUGCCCUUUUGACACUGCCAUACCCAGAGUAGGUAGUCAUCUACCUCACAAGAGGAAGGUGUCUCUGUUGAGAAUGUGUAGUGUACUAUACAUGUCUGUAUAACCUUUGUUGUGAAAAGUAUGUCCCAUUUCUACACCAUUUGAUCUUUUUUUCGGGAUCAUCUACCCUUUGGUGCAGAUAAAAAAGCAAGUAGCAAUUGGACAGGUACAUUAAAGUUUUAUUUUUAUGUAUUACUUUGGAAGUUGAAUGAAAAAUCUAGUAACUUGGUUUAAAAUAUGCUAUUUUUCACAUAGAAAAAUUUUAGCGAAAAAUGUAAUCACCUAGUAUAUCAUUUCAUAUAUCAUAGUAUAUCAUAUCUAGUUCUUAGCUUAUGUUUUAUUUUUUAUUGAGCCUAACUUUCUUAAUUGACAAUUGAAGAUAGUUCCUAGAAUGGGUAGUUAGGGGGAAAAAACUUUAAAAGCUUUGAUUUUGUUUUUAUUAAUUCAUUCUACCAAUUUAAAAAACAGUAUUUUAACUUUGUUUUCUCUGGCCCAAUGUAAAGUGUUUGAUUUUGAAUUUUAAUUAAGAACAUUCAAAGAGCAGAAGAAAUAGACUACUUACGGAUUACCAAAAUAGAUGAAUAACAAAGUAUGACAACAAUAGAGGUAAAGAAUAAGCUAAUUUUAAAAACUUUCACAUAAUUGGUAGUUAGAAGUUAAAAAUUUAUUCAUUAAUUCAACAAAUAAUUAUCAGGUACCUCUCACGUACUAGAUAUAUGCUCAGUGUACCAUGUUUUGGGAAAGCAGACAUAGUCCCUGCUAGAUCUAAAAAAAUAGGAUUUCCUUUAAGAAUAAUUCAUGUAAAUUUUUUUCCUUGGUCUCAUGUGUAUAUAUUUUAAAAGUAUACAUCUAUCUUUGUUAAUUCAUUAUUUAAGAUAGUGUCAUAAACAAAAAUAGCUGAAGCUAAUAUUCAAUAAUUAAUAACAUUUUGUGGGCAGUUUGUUUAAAAAUUGGUCUUUUGAAGGUUAAAAGCAUAAACCUGUGAAUAGAAGGUAAUUCUACCUCUGUAUAUAAUUGUAAUACCCUAAUGCUAUAAAAUUAGUCAGUCUUUUCUGAAAAAAAAUUUUUUUGUGAGUAUUUAAAAACCCUCUCAGGAGGCAGGAAAGUAUAGCAGGAGAGUAGGGGCUCUGAUGUCAGACUUUCUGGUUCACAUCCCACGUUUCCAAUGCAAAGCCCAGUAUUUGGAUUUAUUGAGGAGAUUACUUAAACGUAGGAUUGAAACUAAUCUUAUUUAGAAUUUUGCAAAGAUGUUUCCAAAAUAAGCUUCCUAAGAUUAUUGCUAUGUAUCUUUUUAGAGUAACCUUAACACCACAACUGAUCAGUGUACAGCAGAACUUUUCACUGAGAAGACCACCAGAGAGGAGGAGAAUGGCGUUGAAACAGAUUUCCAGCAACAAGUGCUUUGGGGGAUUGCAGAAGGUUUUUGAACAUGACAGUGUUGAACUGAAAUGCAAAAUGAAAUUUGCUAUCUAUUUACCACCAAAGGCAGAAACUGGAAAAUGCCCUGCACUAUAUUGGCUGUCUGGUUUAACUUGCACAGAACAAAAUUUUAUAUCAAAAUCUGGUUAUCAUCAAGCUGCCUCGGAACAUGGCCUUGUCGUCAUUGCUCCAGAUACCAGCCCUCGUGGCUGCAAUAUUAAAGGAGAAGAUGAGACCUGGGACUUCGGCUCUGGGGCUGGAUUUUAUGUGGAUGCUACUGAAGAUCCUUGGAAAACUAACUACAGAAUGUACUCGUAUGUAACGGAGGAGCUUCCACAACUCAUAAAUACCAAUUUUCCAGUGGAUCCCCAAAGGAUGUCUAUUUUUGGCCACUCCAUGGGGGGCCAUGGAGCUCUGAUUUGUGCUUUGAAGAACCCUGGAAAAUACAAAUCUGUGUCAGCGUUUGCUCCAAUUUGCAACCCAGUGCUCUGUCCUUGGGGCAAAAAAGCCUUUAGUGGAUAUUUGGGAACAGAUCAAAGUAAAUGGGAGGCUUAUGAUGCUACCCAUCUUGUGAAGGCCUGCCCAGGUACUCAGCUGGAUAUACUAAUUGAUCAAGGAAAAGAUGACCAGUUCCUUUCAGAUGGACAGCUACUACCUGAUAACUUCAUAGCUGCCUGUACGGAAAAGAAAAUCCCUGUUGUUUUCAGAUUACAAGAGGGUUAUGAUCAUAGCUACUACUUCAUUGCAACCUUUAUUACCGAUCACAUCAGACAUCAUGCAAAAUACCUGAAUGCUUGAAAAGCUUCGGAUAAGAGAAUCUCUUCAGGAUGAUAAAAUUGUAAUAAACAGACUGGCAAGGAAAAAAGAUUUUAAAACAUUGGAUUUUGCAGUGCCAAAAAUGCUUCAUUCUGUAGUUGAAUCACCCUCUAAAUAAAUAAAUCAAACCUGCUUCUGAUUUAAAAA